AUCCUCAAUCUGCCCUGUCUGAAUAUUAAAACAUGACACACUUGAAGAGUGCGUUUUACUCCAUUCUUCACCUCUGCCUGUGAAGACGAGCUCCAACCUCUACAUCAGAUCAGUCCCCACUGCUACUGUACGUCCUCUCCGUCAUGGUUCAGAAGGUGGCGGUGAUCGGUGCAGGGAUCUCUGGCCUGAGCAGCAUCAAGAACUGUUUGGAUGAAGGUCUGGAGCCCACCUGCUUUGAGAGCAGCCAUGACAUCGGGGGUCUAUGGAGAUUUAAGGAGAAAGCUGAGCCUGGACGCACCAACAUCUAUCAGUCAGUGGUCAUCAACAGCUCCAAAGAAAUGAUGGCCUUUAGUGACUUCCCUCCACCAGCUGAGCUCCCCAACAACAUGCACCACUCUGAGGUGCUGCAGUAUAUGCGACUCUACACUCAGGCCUUCAAACUGCUGCAACACAUACAGUUCCAGACCACCGUGGUCAGUAUGAGGCAGACCCUGGAUUUUGCUUCGACAGGACAGUGGGAGGUGGAGACAGAGAGGAGAGAGGGUCAGAGGGAGAUCCAUAUCUUUGAUGCAGUGAUAGUUUGUACUGGACACUUCACCCAGCCCCACCUGCCACUCAGAGAUUUCCCAGGUAUUGAGAGCUUUGAAGGCAGAUAUUUCCACAGCUGGGAUUAUCGCAGAGCUGAGGGUCUGCAGGGGAAAAGAGUAGUGGUGAUUGGGACUGGGAACUCUGGAGGCGAUAUCGCUGUUGACAUCAGUAGAGUUGCUGAGAAGGUGUACCUCAGCUCCAGAAGCGGAGCGUGGGUUGUUAGCCGUGUAGGACCGAGGGGGCUCCCAGCUGACCUUGUUGGGACUUCUCGAAUUGAUAUGAUGAUACAGAAGUUCUUCCCCUCCUGGGUCAAUAAGAUGGUGGAGAAGAAGCUGAACCAGGCAUUUGAUCACAAACUAUAUGGAAUACAACCAAAGCAUAGUUAUUUUACACAGAUCCCUGUUGUGAAUGACGACCUGCCAGCUCGGAUCAUCUCAGGUCGUAUUCUGGUGAAACCGAAUGUGAAGGAGUUCUGUGGCUCCACAGUGGUCUUUGUUGACGGGUCCGUUAUAGACAAGGUGGAUGUAGUGGUGUUUUCCACAGGGUACAACUACAGCUUCCCCUUCCUGCCCUCAGCUCUGCAGGAAAAGUGUGGUCACAGGCUGCGUCUCUACAAGCAUGUGUUCCCUCCUGCACUGACCCACCCUACGCUGGCAGUGGUGGGCUUCAUCCACGGCUAUGGGGCCAUUAACCCUCUGGCUGAGAUGCAGGGCCGCUGGGCUACAAGAGUGUUUAAAGGCUUAACAAAACUCCCCUCAGAAGAGACAAUGAUGAAGGAAAUGGAGAAAGACACAGUAACCAUGCAUCAGAGGUUUGCCUGCUCAGAUCGCAACCCACUCCAGGUGGACUACUUACCUUACCUGGACUUUUUGGCAGAGCAGGUGGGGGUUCGACCAAACAUGCUGUGGCUCUUGCUGAAGGACCCCAGACUGGCACUGCAUGUUUUGUUGGGUCCCUGCACUCCUUACCAGUACCGUCUGACUGGGCCGGGCCAGUGGGCUGGAGCCCGACAGGCCAUUCUCACUCAGUGGGAUCGAGUGCAUCGGCCCUUCAGGACAAGAGUAGUACCAGAACCAGAGACCAGACCUCCUUCUAGACGAAGAAUCACUGUGAUGUUGUCAGGUGCAGCGCUACUGUUCUGCUUUUUCUACAAUAAAUGCAGCCCCUCCUUCCUUCCUCUGCCAUUCUUUAAUCCUAAACUGGUUCAGUGAUUAUCCAAUCUUUUAAUGAGGAAGAAUCACUUGCCUUUGCUCAGACCUGCUUAGACAUUAUGAUCAGAUAGCAAAUAGCUUGCUCACUAGCUUCAUGUCUAUACAGAUAUAAAAACAUGUAUCCAGCGUUUUCUAAAUAAGAGGAACACCUCAGCCUAGCUUGGUUCCCUCUUUAGAAAAUGCUCCUGAGGUGGUGAAUCUGGGAGAGGCCACAAACUCCUGAAACAAUGUCAAGAACCUGGAAAACAGCACCAUCCUGUGGCCUCUUUGUGUUGCUACAACUCUAAAGCUUAUGAUCAGUUUUAUGUAAGCUACAGUAAAAUUCAGAAUCCAGAUGUUUAUGCCACUAUGUCAAAAUGAGUCUUUGCAUCUGUUUUUUUUUUUUUUUUGUUCUGUUUUUAUCCUUUGUAUGACACUGAAUUUAUCCAUGGUGCUAUAAAAUAAAUGUAAUUUUAUUUGGUG